AUUGAAAUAAAGAGAAAACGAAUAAUCGGCUGAGAGAGAAAGAUAGAGGAGAAGAAAUCAACGCAGGCAUGGUAGGCGCAUCAGCAUCAGCGAACCUCGCGAGCCUGAGAUCGACGACGACGUCUCUGUUUACAAAUCGGCCAUUCUGUUUAUCCAUGUUAGGCGGAAUCAAAAGCUCCCUCGCAUUAAGGACAUGUCUAAAGCCCCCCACACCUCUCCGAUUCGCGACGUCGUGGCCAACACCUCCACACCACGUUUCUUCCGUUAGGGCCAUGUCAUCAUCGUCUCCAUCUCCCUCGCUAGAGGAGACGGUUAAGACGACUGUAGCAGAAAACCCUGUGGUUGUCUACUCCAAAUCCUGGUGCUCAUACUCGUCGGAAGUGAAGUCGUUGUUCAAUGGGCUUCAAGUUAAGCCUCUCGUUAUUGAACUUGAUCAACUUGGUGCAGAGGGGUCGCAGCUGCAGAAUGUCUUGGAGAAACUCACUGGACAAUACACUGUUCCUAAUGUUUUCAUCGGAGGCAAGCACAUUGGUGGCUGCUCAGAUACGGUGCAGCUGUACAACAAAGGAGAGUUGGAGCCAAUGUUAGCUGAGGCCAAUGCCAAAACCGGUCAGAGCUAGAGAUGAAAGCUGCUUACGUUUCUGUUUUUGUUUAAUCAGAACCUCUGAACUAAAAUUCUUGAAGUCGACAUGAUUUGCUGUCUACGUAGAGAUUUCAUAAGAACCUAUUAUGCGUGGAAGUAAAAUAAAUAAACAGGCAGACUGGUCUCUCUUACUAAACCGGGAGUUUGGUCGAGUCACUUGAAAUUUGCAAUCAA